AUGCAGACCAUUCCAACAUUAAGCAGCUUCAGCAUCGGUCUCUCUCUCUAUUUCAAGAAGAAUCCCUUUCCUUCAUUCUCCAAAAUUUCUCUCUCUUCCCCUCCCCACGGAUCAGCGCUUUGUAGGGCGAGUCAAGUGGCCGACUUGUUUCCAAUUGUGUCUCCUGAAAUUGUUGUUCGAGAGGCGAGGUUAGAGGACUGCUGGGAGGUGGCUGAGACUCACUGCAGUUCCUUCUUCCCUAAAUUUCGAUUUCCUUAUGACUAUUUGUUGAGAAUUAAUCGAGCCAUUGGAAUGUUAUUUGGAUACUCGAUACCAAAUGGCUGCAAGAGAACUUGCCUGGUGGCUGUAAUUGGAAGUUCAGAUCAAGAUGCAUUUUUUUCAGGGAAUGAUUUCAAAAUUGGAGUUUUUGAUGGAAUGUUUAGUCUAAAUAAGGGAUAUGUAGCCGGGAUAUUGACCGUGGAUACUAUCGCUAAUUUUCUUCCACGAAAAGGUCCCCUGCAGCAGAGAAGGACAGGAAUUGCAUAUAUAUCAAAUGUUGCUGUCCGAGAAAGACACCGUAGAAAGGGAAUUGCGAAAAGACUGAUAGCUAAAGCAGAGGUAACAGCAAGAAGCUGGGGGUGCCAUGCCAUUGCAUUACACAGUGACCUUAACGAUCCCGGUGUCACGAAGUUGUAUAAAGGGCAGGGGUUUAAGUGCAUCAAGGUGCCAGAAGGAGCGAAUUGGCCCCACCCGAGAAGUUCAUGUGUCUUCCAGUUCAACUUCAUGAUGAAGCGCCUCAAUCCUCCCAUCAAUUAUCAAGAAACUCUCCACUGCAAGGCUUCUAUAAUGGCCAAGGUGGUUAGACCAAUGAAAAGCACUCUCAGAUAUUCCAUGGCAUGCAUGAAGUUGGGAUCUAAGGCAGACGUGUUUUACCUGGAUGGCAAAACCUGGCUCUGCUCCACUGGCCUUCCAAGUGAUAUUCGCAUUGAAGUUGGCGAAAUAAGCUUCCAUCUUCACAAGUUUCCAUUGUUGUCUAGGAGCCGAUUGUUGGAGAGGCUUAUCCAAGAACUUUCCGAGAACGUGAAGUGCGAGGAGGAAACAAAGAGUGUUUUACAACUCUAUGAUUUACCUGGUGGAGCAAAAUCCUUUUUGCUCAUAGCCAAAUUCUUUUAUUCUGUUAGAGUAGAACUUACUGCAGUUAAUGUAGUGAGCCUUAGGUGUGCAUCUGAGUAUCUUCAAAUGACUGAGGAUUAUGGAGAAGGAAACCUCAUUGCAUUGACCGAAAGUUUCCUCAAUGACGUAUUUGAGAGUUGGGUCGAUUCCAUUAAAGCCCUCAAAACUUGUGAAGAGUUCCUUCCCCUCACAGAAGAACUUCAUAUAGUUCGUAGAUGUAUUGAUUCAUUGGCUGCAAAAGCUUGUACUGAUCCGAGUCUUUUAAGUUGGCCCGUGUCCGGACGAUGUGCUACUCAGAGUCAAGUGGAUUCUUCUCUAUGGAACAGGAUAAACUCAACUUCAAAGCAAGAUCCCAUGACUGAUGAUUGGUGGCACGAGGAUGUGGCAUCUCUUGAAUUGCCUCUUUUCAAAAGGUUGAUCCUGGCAGUUGGUUCCAAAGGCAUGUCACCAGAGAGAAUUGCAGGUUCAAUAAUGUUUUAUGCUAAAAGGCAUCUGCCAUUACACGGUCGGAAAUCAAGCUUUCAGAAUUGUAACCUUUCCAAUAUAUCAGAAGCAAAUCAUAGGACUCUUCUUGAAGAGAUAGUAGAAUUACUACCUAAUCAAAAAGGCAUUAUACCUACCAAGUUCUUGCUUAAACUUCUGAGGACAUCCAUGAUUUUACAUGCUAGUCCAUCAUGUCGAGAAAACUUGGAAAGAGGGAUUGGGGCACAAUUGGAUCAAGCAGUUCUUGAAGAUCUUCUCAUCCCAAAUACGGGGUACUCAGUUGAGACCCUUUAUGACAUUGACAGUAUUCAGCGGAUUGUUGGUCAUUUCAUGUCGAUGGAUCAAGAAGAAACUGAUUCUACCUCAAACUCUUUCGUAGAUGAGGAUCAAUUUGCUAGAGAUUCUUAUUCACUUGCGCCUAUGACAAUGGUGGCUAAUCUAGUGGACAGUUAUCUGGCUGAGGUGGCACCUGAUGUUAACUUGAAAUUAACUGAAUUCCUGUCACUUGCUGCUAUAAUUCCCGACUAUGCUAGAUCACUACAUGAUGGAAUAUAUCGGGCAAUCGAUAUAUAUCUCAAGGCUCAUCCCUGGUUAACAGACUCAGAAAAAGAACAGCUUUGCAGGGUCAUGAAUUUCCAGAAGUUCUCAGUGGAAGCCAGUACACAUGCAGCACAGAACGAGAGGCUACCGCUGCGCGUUAUUAUCCAGGUUCUGUUUUUUGAACAACUACGGCUACGGACCUCAGUUGCUGGCUGUUUCUAUGUCUCAGACAACCUUGAGAAUUCACAAAAUCUAUGUGGUAACAUUGUACCAACAAAUGACUGCAUCCCAAUGAGCUCUUUACGCAACGAGAUUCUCACAUUUGAUGAUAUGAGAGACCGGGUGUCUGAGCUCGAAAAGGAGUGCACGAAUAUGAAAGAAGAGAUGGAGAAGCUCGUGAAGACUAAGGGAAGCUGGAGCAACUUCUUUAGAAAGUUCAGUUUAAAAUUGAAGGCAAAGUCUUCAGAUCAAGAAACAGAAAACGCGCCCAGCAAUGGCGAAUCGAUGAGAUUGUUUUGA